UGAUUCCUCUAACCUGGUACUGGAUUCGGUAGACCAACAAUCUAGCCAAGGCUUUCCCAUUAAACUGGAGUGUUAAUUCUAGUAAAGGCCCCACACACGUGGGCUGAAAAUUCUGAGAAGGGCAAAAGAGAAGAAGAAAAAUAGGAUUUUUGAAAAGUUUUGGACAGCCUGUUAGGAUGGUAGGAAUGAUUCUGGUCACGCUGCUGCUGAACGUGGCUGCAGCAUCUGAGCCUGGCUCUGAAAUGGACCCUAAACGUGGACAAAGAUCCAGGAUCCCUGAACCAAACCAUCCUUUUUAUCUGGGACACAAUGCCAAAACCAUUCCCUCCGACAUUCCCAACAGCACCCACAUACUGGAAAUAAAUCACACACAGAUAGAAGAGAUUCCUCCUCACGCCCUUAAGCACCUCCAGCAUCUCAGAAUACUUUCCAUACUUCAGAACUCCAAGUUGCAAAGUUUUGAUUCGUUCGCCUUUGCCGAUCUCCCUCGGCUCACCAGCGUUUACGUGUUUGAAAACGCUGCUUUAGUGAAUAUUGGAGCUUUUGUUUUCGCCAACCUCCCAGAGCUCACGGAGAUAACCAUUUCAUUGUCAAAAAACCUGAGAUCCAUUCAUCCCGAUGCUUUCGCCAACACCAUGAACCUCCGACGUUUGACUUUCUCCAACAACGGCCUGAGAACUCUUCCAGACUUCUCCAAGAUUGGCUCUGCAGCCCGAGACUUUCAGCUUAACAUGGAAGACAACAUUUACAUUGAAACAGUUCCUGCCAACGCCUUCAGAGGCCUCUGCACUGAAACAAUCAAAGAAAUACGGCUCGCCAGAAAUGGCAUCAAGGAGGUGGCAAAUGACGCCUUCAACAGAACAAAGAUGCACAGAUUGCUGCUGAGAGGAAACAAACAGCUUACUCACAUCAGUCCAGACGCCUUUGUGGGUUCUAGUGGGUUGGUGUUUCUGGACAUUUCUCAGACCUCCAUCAGCUCUCUGCCAGAUUCCAGAGUCCUUGGAGGUCUGAAGAAGCUGGUGGCUGAGUCUGCGUACCAGCUGAAAAAGCUUCCUCCUGUGCAGCACUUUACCCAGCUGCAGGAGGCCAAACUGACAUACCCAUCACACUGCUGUGCCUUCAUACACGUGCACAGAAACAGAUCUAAGCGCCACUACCUCUGUGACCACCCUGAUGUGAAGUACAACCCUGGCUUUGAAAGGGAUUACUGCUCCAACUCCUCCAUCACCUGCAGCCCGACACCAGACAAAUUUAACCCGUGUGAGGACAUCAUGUCUCCUGUCCUCCUGCGGAUCCUCAUCUGGAUCAUCUCUGUCCUUGCUCUGCUGGGCAAUGCAGUGGUCCUCCUCGUGUUGUUAGGCAGCCGCUCCAAGUUGACUGUUCCCCGUUUUCUCAUGUGCCACUUGGCCUUUGCUGACAUCUGCAUGGGCAUCUACCUGGUAGUCAUAGCAACCGUGGACAUUUUCACUCAUGGCCGGUACUACAACCAUGCCAUCGACUGGCAAACCGGCCUCGGCUGCAAUGCUGCGGGAUUUUUCACGGUGUUUGCCAGUGAGCUGUCAGUGUUCACAUUAACGGCCAUCACUGUAGAGCGCUGGCACACCAUCACACAUGCUCUGCGGCUCGACCGGAAACUCCGCAUGAGGCACGCCUGCAUCAUCAUGACAGCAGGAUGGAUCUUCUCGCUGAUGGCAGCAUUGCUGCCCACAGUUGGGGUCAGCAGUUACAGCAAAGUGAGUAUCUGCCUUCCAAUGGAUGUGGAGUCUUUAGUGUCCCAGGUCUACGUGGUUUCUCUCCUUCUCCUCAACAUCCUGGCCUUCGUCUGCGUGUGUGGCUGCUACCUCAGCAUCUACUUGACUUACCGCAAGCCUUCAUCGGCACCAGCCCACGCUGACACCCGAGUGGCUCAACGCAUGGCCAUCCUCAUCUUCACUGAUUUUGUCUGCAUGGUUCCGAUCUCAUUCUUCGCCAUCUCGGCUGCCCUGAAGCUCCCCCUCAUCACCGUCUCAGACUCGAAACUCCUUUUGGUCUUUUUUUAUCCCAUCAACUCGUGCUCCAACCCUUUCCUGUAUGGUUUCUUUACCCGCACCUUCAGACGAGACUUUUUUCUUCUUGCAGCUCGCUUUGGUUUGUUUAAGACUCAGGCGCAAAUUUACCGAACAGAGACUUCCUCGUGUCAGCAGCCAACAUGGACCUCUCCAAAGAGCAGUCGGGUGAUGUACUCCUUGGCCAAUACGCUGAUCUUAGAUGGGAAACAAGAGUUCUGACUGUCGCUAAGGUAUCUAAAGACUUUUAAUGGAUUGCUGAGAAGUCCCAUUAAACUUCACUAAUCGUGUUUGCAGAAGUUGUCAGUUCAAAAUGCAUUGGGACAUGUAAACAGGUGGCUAAAUCAUGUCUAACCUCACCACUCAUGAUUUUUGGUCUUCUUUCUAUUUUCAAUGCCUAACUAUAAUUUGCUUACAUUAUUUGUGAUCAUUUAAAUCUGUAAGCUCUAACAGCAAAUUUGGGAAACAGUCUACUUUUUAGGCCAAUUCACUACAAAAAACACUUAAAAGGUGUUUGAACAGUAAAAAUUCAACCAACAUGCAACAACCACAGAUAAUUAGUAAAUCUGGGUUGCCUAGCUGGCCUAAAUUCAGUUGUUGUUGUUCCAGGUUGAUUACACUAUCAGAUGGGUGGAGAUCCCAUUGAAAUGACUGUUUAAAGUAGAAAAGUGGAAGUAGUAAACUGGUGACUUCAUCGUCUGUUUUAUGUAAAAAAUCUGGUGUCUAGAGAUAAUGCUGCAAGCAGAAACUGUUGGAUUAAAGAUUUACAUGUGGAACUUUGUGGGUGCACAUCAAAAAUGCAACAUUAUCUCAAUAUUUAAUGUAAUCAUUGAGUGAUAUUUAUUAAAAAAGAACACUGCAGAGAACUGCUGAUUUUUAACCUCCUCAUACACUCUGCCUGCAAGCUCUUCUUAUCUUCUCCAGCCUAUUGGUUUCUUUUACUUCUCUAAAUGAGGGUUAUGUAAUCAUGUUUGAAAUAUGUUUGUUUUAUACAAAAUAAAUGUUUAGUGUGUCGUUC